UGACUUGAAAACAUCAGUGAUUUUGAUUGACGACAAAGUCAUGGGUACUGCUAAUACAGCUGUUGCGUACAUUUAUACCUGAAGGAAAUUAUACAUUUCAGUUAGAGGUUAAUGAAAAUAAAGAUGUAAUGUUUUCCAAUCCAAGUUUAUGGACCUCUUGGAUUCUUUCUUUUGCAAGUGACUCGGCCCUAAGGAUUGUUGGCCUCACCUCCCCACCUAAAAUGGGAGCUCACAGAGAAGCAGGGCUGCUCCCUUCAUCUUAUACUAAGUGUCUAGAAAGGGCUUACCACACAGUGAAGAAACCAGGGCUCAGAGAGGCCAGGCCGCUUGCUUGAGUUGCAAAGGAGGCAGAGCCAGAACUUAGACCCAGAUCCAGACACGACAGGAAAAUGUCUACCAGGGACCAAAAGACAGUCACCCGCCGGGCCAAGGUGCCUUCUGCACAGAGGAUGAGCAGGUUCCUGAAGCACUUCACCGUUGUUGGGGACGAUUACCACGCCUGGAAUAUCAACUACAAGAAAUGGGAGAAUGAAGAGGAGGAGGAGGAGGAAGAGGAGGAGAAAGGGGACCAGCCACCGCCAACACCAGCCUCGGGCGAGGAGGGCAGAGCUGCCGACCCCACUGAGGCUCCUGCCACCGCACCCAGGCGCACCCGGGACUUCAGGGCCACGUUGAGGAAGCUCUUCAGCUCCCACAGGUUUCAGGUCAUCAUCAUCUGCCUGGUGGUGCUGGAUUCCCUCCUGGUGCUGGCCGAGCUCCUUCUGGACCUGAGGAUCAUCAAGUCUGACCAGAACAACUACGCCACCCAGGUGUUCCACUACAUGAGCAUUGUCAUCUUGACCUUCUUUAUGGUGGAGAUUUUCCUUAAAAUAUUUGUUUUCCGCUUGGAGUUCUUCCACCACAAGUUCGAAAUCCUGGACUCCAUCGUGGUGGUGGUGUCCUUCGUCAUCGACAUCGUCUUCCUGCUCCGGGAGCAUGAGUUUGAGGCUCUGGGCCUGCUGAUCCUGCUCCGGCUGUGGCGGGUGGCCCGGAUCAUCAACGGGAUAAUUAUCUCGGUUAAGACACGUUCAGAACGGCAACUGCUUAGGUUAAAACAGAUAAAUAUACAACUGGCCACCAAGAUCCAGCACCUGGAGUUCAGCUGCUCUGAGAAGGAACAAGAGAUUGAAAGACUUAACAAGCUAUUGAGACAGCACGGACUUCUUGGGGAGGUGAACUAGAGGCGUACCUGCUCUACUCCAAAGAGACGACCCUCCCCCGGGCUUGUGCCUGUGGAUGGGAGCUACAACCGCCUCUCCUGGGCCCUUUGCAGGACAGCUUUGGUUUGAUGCCUGUGACUGCCUCCCACCCACUGGGAUUCUGGAGGGACACAGUCUUUCGGAAGGCGCUCUAUCUUCCUUGGUGUGACCGAGAGCUUCCCGCCCCAUUCCCACCUGCACUGUAUCACAAAUGUAUCAUAAACUGUUUCCCACGAACACUUUACUCUUGCUUGAAAAUGUACAACAAAGCUGGACAAUUACUAGUUGUCUAUCAAAUUGAAUCAAAUGUACAGUUGUCACGUUGCGCGUGGGUCCCGAGGCACCCUUUCAUCGGAGCACUCUGAAAGACAAGGGAAAGAAAGGCAGCGACCUUAGCCACCAGCCCAUUCAGGGAGACCGUUCUCAGGUGCCAGCCCUUCCUCAGCAUCUCCCAGCUUCUAGCUGGCGCCACCUCGUUCUGCCACCUGACAACAUUUUUCUCAAUUACAGUACAAUUAAUGUGAAAUAAACUCCUUCCCCUGGGCCCUCCUACUAUAUUCUUUCCAGCUUCAACUACUUGGCACUGCUCUGUGGCAUCCCACACCAGCCCACCCAUUGGAGAGCGAGCUAGCGACAGCGCCUGGCACAGAAAUGUCAGUUGGACCCAAGACUCCACUGUAAUUAACAUGACAUUUGGGGGCAGAUCCCUUCCGCGGCCUUGUGAUUCUACUUGCAUGAUCUUAUACAAUAUUUCGCUAUUUCUGUACUCAUUUCGAUGGGACCUGAAAAGGAAAAAAACCUAAACUAAAAACAGUGACUAUUUUAACAAUAAUUCACAUUAAAGCAGGGGAUGAGUAAACUGGAUAAACCCUCAACGCCUGUGCUGCUUCAAAUUCUUUUUUUUUAUAUAUAUAUCCUGGGUGUACUUCCAAUUCUUUUCUCUUAACUAUCUUCCCAAAGUGCAGUUUGGUUUCCAUGUAUGAUCUAUGUGUUGAGAGGUUUGGAAAUGACCAAGAUCAGAUGGUGCCCCAAUUCUCAAGUCAAACCAAGUAGGAGAAAAUCUCCAAAAGGAGGGAAACGAUGGGGAGGGAGGAGUGCUGGUUUGGGGAAGACCCCAAGGGGUAGAAGUGUAAUAAAAUGAGCCGUUUCCGCAGGGCCCCGCACCCACUCUGCGCCAGAGGCGUGGCCUCGUUUCCUUAAUGACUUACGUCAAACAAACGGGAAGAAGAAAUUAAAGGGC